UUCAGUUUUCAAGCUCAUUGAUCUCCAAGAUGGUCUUUCACCAUGAUGAUUCCGGUUCCAGUUCAAAUCACACAUGUCCCGAUAAAAGUUUGGCGGAUCCACCUCAAGUCCCGUUCAUUGGAUCAAUGAGUUUUCACCAAGUGGCAGUCAUAAUAGCAGGGGCUUGUACUAUCAUUUCAUGCUUGAUCUGCUUCUUCCUCAUUUUCCGUCACGCAACUCGCUAUGCAGUACCCAAAGAACAAAAACAAGUGAUUCGAUUAAUAUUUAUUAUCCCAGUCUUCGCUGUUGCUUCUUUCCUAUCCGUGGCUUUCAACAACGCCUCGAUCUACAUCCAACCGCUCACCACACUCUACGAAUCCCUCGCUCUCUCUGCAUUCUUCCUCCUUCUCCUAGCCUACAUCCAAGAAGAUGACGAUGAACGGCAAGCUUUCUUCGAAACCUCUGGUCAGAUGGCCGCAUACAGGAAAACAGCACUCGCCGUGUUCCAAUUCCCCGUCGUCGAAUUCCUCACCUUUAUCCUCACCGAGAUCACCGAAGCGACCGGAACCUACUGCGCAUCUUCCUUCAAGCUCUACUUCGCAAGCAUCUGGGUCUCGGUCAUAACCGGCAUCUCGACCGGUAUGGCAAUCAUGUCCGUCCUGCGCUUCUACAAGAGCAUGAAAACACGAGUUGAUAAACGGAAGCCCAUGGCGAAGUUAUUGGCGUUUAAGGGCAUCGUUGGUUUGACUUGGUUGCAGAAUAUCGUAUUCUCGUUCCUGAGCUCGGAAGGCGAUCUCCAUCCCUCGUCUAAAUUGACGUAUAAAGAUCUAACAAUCGCUAUCCCCAACCUCGUCGUCGCCUUCGAAAUGAUCCUCUUCUCACUAGCUUUCCUACACGUCUUCCGUACCAGCGAAUACAACCUGAAGAAAGGCAGCACUUUAGGUCAUGGAAGUUAUUAUGGAGGAGUAAUAGGCCUCGGAGCCGUUAUCCAAGCGUUGAAUAUCACGGAUGUGGUGAAGGCUAUUAUUGGUGCUAUUUCUGGAGGCAGAAGUGGGGGGAGAAAUUAUCCAGCUACGAAGGUUUAUGCUUCGGGGGGGAGUGUGGAGUAUGAUCGCGUGGAAUUGAUCCCUCCGCAAAACACGCAUUACGAUUCUCGACCUGAAGCUGGGCCUGGAUAUCCUGGAGGCAACAUGAACUAUGAUCCUCGUCCCGAAGUUGCGCCUGGGUAUGCCGGCGGGAACAUGAAUUAUGAUCCUCGUCCUGAAAGUGCGCCUGAGUAUGCUCCGUAUGAUGGUGCGCAGUAUGCUGGGAAGUAUCCUUCUCCCUCUGCAUCGCGGUACGGACAAUGAUUAGGUUUGGUUUGAUUGUUGGAGUUUUGAUGGUACAGAAGGAGUUGUAGGAUAUACUGGCAAGUUAGUGCUUUUUGUAUAGUAGGAUGAGGAUACCCUGUUGUAGACACAAUUUGAA